AUGUGGUAUACUCGAGUCUACCUUCGAUCUUCUUGGAUAUCUUUAGUGGUGUUGUUGUUUUUACUUCCUGAAGCAAAUUCAAUCACAAACGAACGAAGACAGGAACUAAAGUUGAAAGCUAAGGAAAUGUUUUAUCAUGGAUUUGAUUCUUACAUGAAAUAUGCAUUUCCAUAUGAUGAGGAAGUGACAGGAUUAAUUUGCAAACAUAAUCCCAUUAAUGACGUUUUAGGUGAUUAUUCCUUGACGUUAGUUGAUACUCUUGAUACAUUUAUAGUUUUUAAUGAUACAAAAGGCUUUCAAGAUGCUGUUCGAAAUGUGAUUGAUAAUGUCUCAUUUGAUGUAAAUAGUAAAGUACAAGUAUUUGAACUAAAUAUUCGUGCGCUAGGCGGUUUGUUAUCUGCGCAUUUAUUAGCAAGUGAUUCGAGAUUUGGAUUUACGAUCCCAAAAUAUAAUAAUGAAUUAUUAGAUCUCGCAUUAGAUUUGGGUAAAAGAUUAUUGCCUGCAUUUCAAAAUUCAAGGACUGGUAUUCCAUAUCCGAGGGUUAAUUUGAGGUAUGGCGUACCUAAAACUGAAACACAUGAAACUUGUACUGCUGGAGCAGGAUCAUUAAUACUGGAGUUUGGUGUUCUUAGUAGAUUAACAAAUGAUCCAAGAUUUGAAAAUGCAGCAAGAGGUGCAUUAUUUGGUCUUUGGAAUAGAAGAACAGAUUUGAAUCUUGUUGGAAAUGUUAUAAAUAUGCAGACAGGGCAAUGGGUUCAUACAGCAUCUAGCACAGGAGCAGGAAUCGAUUCAUUUUUUGAGUAUUUAAUGAAAGCAUAUGUGUUGUUUGGUGAAAUUGAAUACUUUGAAAUAUUCAAUGAAGCAUACUCGGCAAUAUUAAGGCAUAUUCGUGACGAAACAGGAUACUUAUAUCGUAAUGUUAAUAUGAUGAGUGGUAGUGUUUUGGCUGGAGAUUUAGAUAACGCUAUUAAAUCACACUUGAUAUAUUAUAAUAUAUGGAAAAAAUAUCAAGCAAUGCCUGAGAGAUUCAACUUUUAUAUGAAACAUGUUGAAAUAGCAUCAUAUCCAUUAAGACCGGAGUUUGUAGAAUCAACUUAUUUUCUUUAUAGAGCGACACGUGAUCCUUUUUAUCUUGAGGUAGGUGAAAUGAUCCUUCAAGAUUUGGAAACAUACGCUCGUGUUAAGUGUGGAUAUACUUCCAUCAAAAAUGUUUUGACCAAAAAGUUGGAUGAUCGUAUGGAAACUUUUGUUUUGAGUGAAACCUUUAAAUAUUUAUAUUUGUUAUUUGAUACUGAUAAUAUGAUUAAUUUGUUGGAUGAUAAUUUUGUCUUUACAACUGAGGCACAUAUUUUACCUUUAUCCAGACAAUAUCUUAAAAAGAAUUCGGAUACUGAAAGAAUUUCAGUCAGAAAUGAGGAUUUGGUAUGUAAUGUAUAUGAAAAACCAAAAGGAAUUAGUGGUUCGAUACUGGCACGACCUGACGUAGAUUAUGCUGGGGAAUUGGUGGGAUAUAAAGAGUCGAGAUUGCCGCCCUUAGAUCCUAAUGGAAAAUGUGAAACGCCCCAAACAAGCCCGUUGGUGUUGGAAGUUUCAUUUGGUGAAGCCGAUGUUCUUAACGAUCAAUCAAAACAAUUAAUAUGGUUUAAUAAUGGAAUUAUUACCAAUAACUUGAAAGGUUUACGUUUAGAAUUAUCAAGAAGAGUAGAUAAAAGAGGCUAUGAUGUGUCAAAAGUGAAUGAUUAUAGGAUUUAUCCGGGACAAGUUUUAGAAAUUCGCGAUCCAAUAGUAAAAAAUUACUGGGUAAAACAAGAAUCGUAUGAAGUAUCAAUAAUCCGUGUCUAUCCGAAUCCUGAAGAACAAGAUAUUAUUCGUGAUAAUGUAUUACUUGUUAAACGAGGUGAUUGUGAAUUUGUGACAAAAGUCUUGAAUGCACAAUUAGCAGGCGCAAAAGCGGUUAUAGUGUCGAGUAAUGAUAAUAUUUUAUUUCAACCAGCAUCACAACCUCAAACAGAUUCUAGUUCGAUUUUUAUACCAUGUGUUCUUGUCACAAAAGAAUCAGGUAUUGAAAUGGAGAAAUAUUUUUUAAAUAAUUUGAAAAAUAAGAAAGAAGAAAAAGAGACAGAAGGCACUGGUGGAAAAGACGACAAGAAAGUAGACUCUAAUGUGAAAGUUCAAAUAUUCCCAUAUGAAGCUAACAAAUCACUAAAGUUAAAAAAUUUAGCAGGAAGUGAACUAUUGUUAGUUAUCCAUGGACAUGUUGUAUAUAACAUUAGAGUCAACUUGAAUGAAUGA